AUGCUGUUGAUAGGCCACCUUUCCUUCUGUCAAGAAUGCAUUCCAGGGUUUUUGGAGAAUGUGGAUUUUCCUGGAUCAGACAUUACUUUCCUGUUCUCUCCAUCUGUGGAGCACUGCCAGCAGCUGUGCACCCAGGAACCCUCGUGCCUCUUCUUCAGCUUCAAUCGGGCAGACAGCAACUUCCAAUGCUACCUUAAAUCAAGUUCUUCUGGUAAGCCUGAAUCUCAAAUACCACUGCAAGGUGUCACUUCUGGCUACUCUCUCAAACCCUGCAAUCCAAACCCAACGCCUUGUCUUCGACAGGUGUUUAGGAAUGUGGACUUCUUUGGAGCAGACUAUACAAACCUAUUCACAGCCAACCUGGAAGAGUGUCAAAGACUUUGCACUGGGGAUCCCCGCUGUCAGUUCUAUACCUUUAUAACAGGAGACUUCCCGCAGUCAGAUAUCAGGUACAAAUGUUUCCUUAAAUUCAGCUUUAAUGUCCCAAGGAUCCCAGCAAUAGAAAGAAAGCCUGGAGUCAUUUCUGGAUUCUCCAGAAAACCGCAACUGACUCAACAAAUUGGCUCUGGUAAAUUUAUAAUUGCAUGUCAGACCCAACUGUUUCAAGACACCGACUUUCCAGGCAAUGACUUCUUGGAGCUUAAGGCUGUUUCCCCUGAAUACUGUCAAUUCCUGUGUUCGGUCCAGCCUCUGUGCACUUACUUUUCCUUUAGCAGUAAUAACUUUGGAUGUAUUUUGAAGAACAACCCAAACAGCCUUGUGGUCCAGUCAAAAAGAGGUGUCACAUCAGGGAUUCCAUCACGUUUCUGUCGGAUUGAUGAGAAACAAACAGGCUGGGGUUCAAAGGGCUCUGGCCAAUCCUGCUCAGGCCUUCGGAGGAAAUCCGGGCCAUUUAUCCACCUCUUGUAUGACAUAAAGCUGUCUGCAGAAAGACCUCUGGAGGCCUCAUCUGCUGGAUUGGACUUGGAACUGAUGUACCUCCACUGA